UGUGAGCUGGUGCAAAGACUUGGGCCUCCCCUUCCCUUCCCUUCGAAUGCCGAGUGCCCCACGAGAUCACUGCUCUCAGAAUUGGCGGUGCCUGUGAGCCAGAGGUAUUGAAAUCCAUGAGGUUUGCGCUAACGUGCUCAUGUUCGGGAGCUUUAAUUUACGGUUUUAGGGUUAAUAUGCUAUGAGCUAACUCUGCUUGCCCGGGUUGUGAGAUUGGGAUCGAAUGAGAAAGUAGAAAUUGGAGGGCGUGCGCAAGCGUGGGAAGUAUCUUGCGAUGUCGACGACAUCAAUGGUGCUGCUUACUCGCACACCUUUUUCGGGUACUGGCUAUGGAGUUGGUGGGCACCAAGUUUUUUCCGCGUGGAGGAGCUAUGGGGGCGGAUGGUGGACGCGAGGGAUUGAGGGUGAGAGAAUCCGGCAAAGGAAGGGGGCGUUGAGGGUUUUGAGAACAAGAGCGACGUUUGACAGAGACGUGGGAAGCAAUAGACUGGUGGAUGUGGUGCGCCGUUUGCCUCGCAUUGCAAGAACGUACUUCAAGGACCCUUGGCGGAGGGCUCUCUUUGGAGGUAUUGCAAUUCUGGGUGGGUUUUAUGUGGCGCAGACAAUCUCCCUGUCGUUCGGAGCAUUGGGCGUCAACGAUGUGAUUGCAGCGGCCAUGUGUGUUUUGUUCACGGAGUAUAUCACACGGUUCACUCGCACUAGGAAGAAGAUAUCUUUCACUGUAGCGCUUGUCAACAACUUUAAGAUGGGUUUUACUUAUGGCCUCUUCAUCGAUGCUUUCAAGCUGGCCAGUUGAGAACUCAGGAAUUCACAAGAUCUGGGACUCAGGAACCUCGUCAAUGCUAGCUAGUGCCUUUGCUGGGAACACAACAUUGCAUGUGCAAGUAAACGUGGUUAAUUACGGAUUUGGGUACAAUAGUGCACAGCCUGAGGCUUUUAUCCUCAUGAAGGAACCCACUUGCUUGAGAGAAAAGACCCUCUUCUUCAUAUGACCUUAAGCCGCGCUGCCCCACCAUACUCCAUUCAAGCGGGAAAUGCUGAUAAACAUCGCACUUCCUAAAUAGCAUCCUUACUCUCCCUCCGAAGAUUUGCUUGGUGAACUCUUUCACAGUGGUCACGCUCUCAUGGAGACCGAGAGGGAUUUGCGUUCUAAACGAAUAGGUCCACCUCAAUACUCUCUCGUCUCCGUAGUGUCUUAUCGCCUUCGAUGGAAGUCGUGGUGAUUACCAACCUCACCAACCUCUUUGAAAUUCACGGGUAAUGUACACUGACGCCUCCUGUGGACGUGAUUCAAAACUAGUCCACGAGCGAGCACUGGUGUUGCACUUGAAUUUGAGAAACCUACUUAUCAAGCGUAUUUCGUCGUCGAGAUCAGUCUACUUCCUCAAUUUUUUAGGGUUUGUUGAAGUGACAACAUAUGAUUUCGACCACAAUUUCUGCCGAGAUUGGAAAAAUAGUUGUGCUUUGUUUCUUUUUCUUUUUCUUGCACCAAGACAUUGAACACCUGACGUUGCAGUUGGAUGCGUUGCCUUUUUGGUCACUUCAUUGUGAGGAAGAUGAAGCUCAGGAGUGGUGAAGGUGAAAGUUACUUGUGGAUCGUAUUCAAUCAUGUCUUGUGUAAGUAAGUACUACAUGGUGCCAACACACCACUAUAGAUUUGUUUGCCGGCGUGGACAUUGGUUGGUUUUGGAUUUGCAACUUUAGUAGACAAAUUUAUGCAUCAAGAUCAUACGAGGUAUUAUUUAUCAACGGCAUAUUGAAUUGUGUGUAUUAUUUAGAAAAAAAUAUUCCCAAUGUUUCCUUGUUCC